AAUGAUAACAUAAUUCCCUUUUCAAAUACUUUGUCAGUCCAGCCAUCACGGUCUGAUCACCAAUACGUCGUUGAAAUAUUUCAAAAUUAGAAUCGUUUAUUUUUAAAUCCGAUCCUUUUUAUACAUUUUUCGAAUCGUGAUCUAUUUUGAAAAUCGAACAGUAGUUUUUAAAGAUUUUUUCUUAAUUUAAUUCUGCAAUGGCCAGUCAUUUUGUGUUAUUGGGUGUUUUGGUGCUGGCUGCUGGUGCGUUGGGGAAGAACGUUGAUAAGAGAAAGUGCCCUGAAGUAAGGGCUGUCCCACAUUUUGACUUGUCCCAGUUGCUAGGCGCGUGGUUCGUGGUGGAGUACUACGCGAGCGAGGAGGAGGCGCUCGCCUACAGCUGCAUGCGCUCCGAGCUCACCGAGAACGACCACGUCGAGACUAAAGAUGGCGCAGUGGAAUGGACUCAAGGCGUCACAAUGAACUUCACGUACCGCUUCCUGGACGACCCGCUCGGGGAGACGCUGCUGGGCAACCUCACGUGGAGGGUGGACCUCGCCGCGCCCGCGCACUGGACGCACGAGGAGAAGGACUAUGACGGCAUCUACAACACCUACGUGCUCGACACAGAGUACAAGACCUGGGCUCUUCUGCUGCACUGCGCCGAGCAGAGAGAGGGAGCGCGCUAUCUCAGCGCCUUCGUGCUGUCUCGCUCUACCACGCUGCCCAAGAACGUCAUGGCUUACUUGAGGGAUAAACUGCCCAGAUACGACGUAGACGUCAAAUACGUGUUCCCGAUCUCGCACGAAGCCUGCUCGACGAGGCCUCCGGUGUACGACUACUCGCCUCUGAUGGUGGGGCUGGGAGACAAGGCGCCCAAGAAACCUUCCGUUACUUAUAAUGUGGCUUUCGGGCAUUAGGGGUGGAUGGUUGAGGGAGGUUUUGGGAAGUGUUGUCGUAACAUUGCAAUUGGCCAUAUUUGUAAUAACUCGGUAUUAUCACUGAGUUUAUUUACAUCAACGUAAUAUGAAGGAUAUUGGUAUAAGUAACCAUAAUACGUCAUGGAGGUAAAUCAUAUUGUUAAAUAUAAUGGUUAUGAAGAUAAAUAUACGUUUUUACUAGUCAA